AUGUUUCAAAUCUUCUUCCAUCUGAUGGAUGCGGCUUUGCUUGGGGGUGUUGCAGGAGGCCAGAGAGUUCAUAAAAGCCGUUCAGACGCCAUCACUUACGGAUCUCCUUAUCAGAAGGCGGCUGCUAUUGUUGAUCUCGCUGAAGAUGGACUUAUUCUACCAGUGGAAAUCUUUGACUUACCCAACAUUGAUACGUCAGCAAAGUUAUAUUUCACAUUCACUCGCUUUGACAUUUUAUGGACCCUUAAUCAUUUUGCACUUAUAGCUUUGAAUUUCUUUGAGAAACCACUAUGGUGUAGCAGUGUUUCUGAGAUUUCUUGCAGUGAUCAUAGGGACUACUAUUAUCUUGGGGAGCUUCCAUACUUGACUCAUGCAGAAUCUCUGGCAUAUAAGGGUGUGACCCUUGUAAUUCUUUUGGUGCAUACUCUAUUUCCUAUUUUAUAUGAAGGGGGUCGGCUCUACUGGAGAAGCCAUGUUAACAAGCUGAAGGUCUUUUUACUGUUAAUUCUGGCUGCUGAUUUAACAGUUGAUAUCCUCUAUAUCUCUCCAGUAGCCAUCUAUUCUCUUCCAUUGUGGAUUUCACCUUAUAUUAGGGUAGUUUUCUUUAUCUUGAACUUCAGAGACUUAAGGAACAGCCUCACUCUCAUGGCUGGAAUGUUUACAACAUAUCUCAAUGUCUUGGCUUUGUGGCUUCUAUUUCUUUUGUUCUCAAGUUGGUUAGCUUAUGUCAUCUUUGAAGACACCCAACAGGGGACUACAAUCUUUGUGUCUUACUCUGCUACAUUGUAUCAAAUGUUUGUUCUAUUUACCACAUCAAACAAUCCAGAUGUUUGGAUUCCUGCCUACAAAUCAUCAAGAUGGUCUUCCAUUUUUUUCAUUCUUUAUGUGCUUUUGGGUGUUUACUUUGUCACAAACUUGAUUCUUGCUGUUGUAUAUGAUUGCUUCAAAAGUGAGUUAGUUAAACAAGUUGGUGAGAAGGAUCAAAUGAAGACACGAAUGUUAGGAACAGCCUUUCGUCUCAUUGAUGAAAAGGUCUUUGGCUUUGUUGAUAGGGAUCAAUGUAUCCAAUUGUUAGAAGAACUUAAUAAAUACAGGACACUUCCAAAAAUAUCAAGAGAAGACUUUGAGUUUGUAUUUGAUUCAUUGGAUGAUGGCCAUGAUUUUAAGAUUAAUGAAUCAGAAUUCAAUGAUCUUUGCGAUGCAGUUGCUUCAAAAUUUCAAAAGGAGGAUACAGAACCUUGGCUAAAAAAGUUCCCUUUUUAUAAUUCUUCUUUAUCUGAAACACUGAAAAGCUUUGUAAAAAGUCCAAAUUCAGGAUAUGUGUUUUCUUUUGUUCUCCUCUUGAAUGUGGUUGCUGUUAUAAUUGAAACAACGCUUGAUAUACAAAACAACUCUGGUCAGAAAUUCUGGCAGAAGGUGGAGUUUGUCUUUGGGUGGAUAUAUGUAGUCGAGAUGGGUUUGAAAGUGUAUACAUAUGGAUUCAAAAAUUAUUGGAAGGAUGGUCAAAACCGAUUUGAUUUCAUUGCGACAUGGGUCAUAGUUAUUGGAGAAACAGCAACAUUCGCCUCUCCAAAGGAACUAAUAUUUAUUUCAAAUGGGAACUGGGUUCGUUAUCUUCUAAUCGCAAGGAUGUUAAGAUUGAUUAGGCUGUUGAUGCAUGUUCAAAGGUACCGAGCAUUUGUUACCACAUUUUUAACCUUGAUACCAAGUUUGAUGCCAUACUUGGGUACUCUCUUUUCUGUCAUGUGCAUUUACUGUACAAUGGGUAUCCAGAUCUUUGGUGGGAUAGUCAAUGCUGGUAACCCAGAUUUACCAAGUACUGAUCUUGCUGAUAACGAUUAUCUGUUAUUUAAUUUUAAUGAUUACCCCAAUGGUAUGGUGACACUCUUCAAUCUGCUUGUGAUGGGAAGCUGGCAAGUUUGGAUGCAGGAUUAUGCAACAUUGAGCGGAAGUGGUUGGACCUAUGUGUACUUCAUCAGCUUCUAUCUAAUAACAGUUUUACUCCUCCUCAAUUUAAUUGUCGCUUUUGUAUUGGAGGCAUUUUUUGCCGAGUCAGAACUUGAGGAAGAAGAACAUGACAAGGAAACUGAAGGAAGUGGACGCCGUAACUUGGUCAAAAAGACACGCAGUCAGAAGGUAGAUAUGCUACUCCACCAUAUGCUAAGUGCGGAGCUGCAGGAGUCGGUCAUAUGAAAAUACACCUAAUUGGUAAACUAAAUAGCUGAAGCCCAAGCAAGAUAGUAGAGGUUCCAUUCUGAUUUGCUUGCACUACACACAUUGUAAAUAUUUUAGCUAAUAAAUUUAGUUAUGGUUUCUGAAGAGGCUAGAUUAUUUUUAAGUUAGAGAAUGUCAACCGUUAGAUUUUGGGGUUU